GAAGCAGCUAUGAAUGGCUGCAGCGCUAACUGCUAUUAGUGUUUUUAAUCCUCAAAUACAGCCACGAAUAUAUAACAUAAAGGCGGGUCAUGAAGUACGGAGACAGGUGGCUUUGUAAUGUGUCGCUUUGCCAGUGUAAACAUAUAAAAUGAGACGUUACAGCUUCUUUUAUCUGUGCGCAAGGACGCGUCUCGUCGGCUGCUAGUUCAAAAACAACUCCUCUCCUCUUUACUCUCUCAGUUUAGGCAAAAUGAAGGUCCGCUCGUCUGUUUUCGCCUCGUUUAUUUUAAUCUCCGAGGUGAUUGGCGUCGCCCUCUUCCUGCGGGGCUUCUUCCCUGUGCCUGUCAGGUCUUCCCUCUCAUCCAAGAGCAAGCUGUCAGAUCUCCCAUCGGAGCCGCUGACAGGGAGGUCUCCCAACGGCUCUCGCCUCCCACAGCCCCUCUUUAAAAGGGUGGUGGUAAUGCUGGUGGACGCCCUCCGGGAGGACUUUGUGUUUGGCCCCAGUGGUCGCAGGUACAUGCCCUACACCAGACAUGUGGUGGAAAGAGGCUCCUCGCAAAGCUUUGUGGCCAAGGCGAGACCUCCGACUGUCACCAUGCCCAGGAUCAAGGCUCUUACCACUGGCAGUAUCCCAGGCUUCAUUGAUGUGGUAAUGAACCUGAAUUCUCCUGCACUGCUGGAAGACAACCUCAUUUGGCAGGCCAAAACAGCGGGGAAGAGGAUCGUCUUCUACGGAGAUGACACCUGGGUGCGCCUCUUCCCCAAACACUUCAUGGAGUACGAUGGCACGACCUCUUUCUUUGUAUCUGACUACACUGAGGUUGACAACAAUGUGACCCGUCACUUGGAUAGCACCCUAAAGAGAGAUGACUGGGACAUUUUGAUCCUCCACUACCUAGGCCUCGACCACAUCGGUCAUAUCAGUGGACCCCACAGUUCCCUCAUCCAGCCCAAACUGCUGGAGAUGGAUGACAUCCUGAAGAAGAUCCACAGUGCCCUCAUUGCCAAGGAGGCAGACGGAUCCUUGCCCUACCUGCUGGUGCUGUGUGGAGACCACGGCAUGUCGGAGACCGGCAGCCACGGAGGCUCCUCGGAGCCAGAAGUCAAUACGCCCCUGGUGCUCAUAAGUCCGGCCUUCAAAAGAAAAGUGGGACUGGAGAAGCCUGAAGUUGUAGAGCAGGUUGACCUGACUCCGACCCUGGCACUGGGACUCGGUCUGCCCAUAUCUCAAAACAGCGUGGGCCACGUCAUCCCCGGUGUUCUGGAGGAAAGCUCACUCCGAGAUCAGCUGCGCUUCCUGCAUCUCAAUGGCCACCAGCUCAGCUGUCUGCUCAAAGACAGCAUGCCCGACUAUGAGAAAGAGGCAGGCUUUGAGCAGUUCCGAGUGGCAGAAAAGGCUCAUGGAAGCUGGAUGAAGCUCUACCUGGAGGGCAACACCUCUGAAGUGCUGACCAACAUGGGCAAAAAGGUCCUGAAGCAGUAUCUGGAGGCCCUGGCUGCCAUGAGCUCGGCCCUCAGCAAACAGCUGGGCAAAUACGACAUGUACUCCAUGAUCGCAGGCAUGGUGUUUGUGUUUCAGCUUCUGUUGGUCUUACUGCUGGCUAUGCCUGAAGCCCUCAGUGGUGAAGCAGCGGUGGACCUCCCAGUCCUCUCAGUCCUGCUCUCCCUGCCUUUCUACCUCCUGUGCCUGCUGCUCGCCUCGGUGCACGUCUUGGUGUGCACAUCUGCUGAGAGCUCCUGUUACUUCUGCAGCCUCUCCUGGGGUCUCGUGUUUGCUGCUGUUGUCUUCUCCUCAGCAAUGUUUUGUAUUCUGGUCUCUAUGGCAACACGCCGACUCCCCCUGGGACCAAAGAUUCACGGGAAGUCUCCAUUGAGGAGCAGUGGCAGUGAGUGGUCGCUGUCAGAGCUGGAUGUGUUGCUGCUGGCUGGCACAGUGGGACACACUCUCAGCUUGGCGGCCAGCAGCUUUGUAGAGGAAGAGCACCAAACCUGGUACUUUCUGCUCAACACCCUCUGCCUCGCCGUCUUCCAGGAUGUCUGCCGCAAGUACUUCCGAGAGCAGCGUGGCUCUGGAGAUGAAGAAGAGCAUAUCCUCCCUUCCAAAGACUGUCAUCCCACUGCUCACCCUAAGGCAGAGAUUUGCUCAGAGAAGUGGCUUGCAUUAGCCACGCCGCCAUUCACUCUGGUCUGCUGCCGACUGCUGCGCUCCCUCAACCAGACCGGGGUGCAGUGGGCUCAUCUUCCUGAUGUGGGACAUUGGCUUAACAGCUCUGAGCACAGGAUGGUCCUCUCCCUGCUGGCUGCUUUCUGUUUGGUUCUUAUCUACCUCCUGGUUCAAAGACGGUGCUCAUGGGUGUCCAAGGUUGCCCUCGCCCUCGGACUUUUGGGUGUCUACAGCUACCGGGCAGCUGUUGGCAAUGUCUGGUUUCCCUGGCAACACUCCGGUCGAACUAUGUCCAAGGGAACAGUGGAGGCGCGCUUUGUUUACGUCUUCGUUUUGGGCAUCCUCUUCACGGGCACCAAGGACCUGUUGCGAUCCCAGAUCAUCACAGCAGAUGCCAAGUUGAAGAGCAGGGGAUUAUGGGAGAUUUACAGUGGCUUGGUUUUGUUGGUUUCACUGUUGUUUCGUGCUCACAAUCUGCCAGUCCUCUGCUGCUCCUUGUUGAUCCAGACCCUCAUGGCUCAGUUUAUCUGGAAGAAACUCCACUAUGACGCAGCCCAAACCACCAUCAUGCACUACUGGUUUGGUCAGGCCUUCUUUUACUUUCAGGGAAAUUCCAACAACAUUGCCACUGUCGACAUUUCAGUGGGCUUCAUUGGACUGGAAAGUUACGUAGAAGCACCUGCCAUCUUCUUAACGGCCCUCAGCACUUACGCGGGGCCCCUACUCUGGGCGUGUCACCUCGUCUGCUAUCUCAGCUCAGAGAGAGACAAGAGCCCGGUUGCAGUCGGCCAUGGCUGCUACUGUUUGGCCCUGCUGAGGUCUGUGCCAGCUGCAGCCUACAUUGUGCUGGUAACUGUUCUGCGGUACCAUCUCUUCAUAUGGAGCGUCUUUUCACCCAAAUUACUGUACGAGUCCAUGCACCUGCUGCUGACUGCAGGAGUCUGUCUCUUCUUCUACACGAUGGAGCAGAGCCACAGUUCCAGUAAGUCGUAGGAAGCCAAAGCCGCACGUCUUCCCAUAAGGGAUUCGCUUGAGUCAAAGGGUCGGACACAGUCUCUUAAUGCUGUGUGCAAGACUUUCAAACUGAGACACUAUAAUAUGCUUACCCUCACUCUGUAGUACACUGAUCUGUUCACAAUAUGUGAGCAGAUGCUUCAGAAAGAGUCCUUCCUCCUGACUCUGUAUGUCUGGUUUGCAAAAAAAUACUUUGAGAAUGCACUAACAAUGUAUUUUUGAGUAGUCUAUUUAAACAUUUUUAAUUCUUUCCCAGGAGAAAAUGUUUGCAGAUGAAUAAAAGUGAAAUUAAGUUUAAAAAAAAAGCUUUUUGAAAGAAUAUGUUUUCUUUACAUAUACAUGUAUAUUAUCUCAGGGACUGGUGUACGAGGAGCUACUUAGACAUCAGUGCAGAUGCUUUGCUCUGCAUGUAUAAGUGAAUGACUUUGUUUCUACUGAUGUUGAACAGCGUGUAAACAUAAGAGCUUAGUAACAACCUGCACCCACACAGGUGUUUUCAAUUAUCCUGUCUGAUUAGAGCUUGAAGGUUGAAGCUGGGCCGAGCAAUUCUCAACAGCACUGAGAAAACAUUUUGACAUGUCACAGAAGGAAAAAGCACAGGUGUAAAUAAUAUAAAUUAAUGAUGGCUGAAUUCCAUUCAGCUGCUCCACUUUCAGGGAGCAGAUAUUGUGUAUGCUGCCUGGCUGUCACUCAUGUCCUGACUUAAUGGGACACUUGAAUAAAACAGAGCUGUUGUUUUUGGAGGUUCAUUCGAGAUGAGCCAGGCCUUCGCAGAAUCGUGCCAGUUGGAUUUGCGUCUGACUCGAUGCCGACUGCAUCUCUAACCUCACGACUGUGCUUCUGUAAUUAACAUGUCUUACAUCAUGAUUAUUCUUUUAACCUUGUUUAUUGAUUUUAUGCUGAUUUCAGGCUGCCAAUAUUUAAACCUGGCCAGGGACUACCGAUGGAAACAAGCCUUUUGGCUAAUUCUUACACACUCACAGCAGUAUUUAUUAAUAUGCACUGCGUCUGAUAAAUAGAUAAAGAAACUAUACGAUAUCGAGGCGGCCGCAGUUUUUAGACGCUGGUGCUCUCCACCGACUGCACAUCCCAGGGCAUCACUUAAAAUGCCUGGCUGUCGCCUGAUCAAAGAGCUAAUGGGCUUUUGAACACAAAAACCACGUUUUGUAGAAAAUCUAGAUUGGUGACUAUUAGCCUCAUGUUGUGCAAUGAAGCUUCAAUCUGUUAACAAACAUAUCUUGUCUGGUCGGUAAUAAUAGCGAUAAAGUUUAUUAAUAUAUCCGAACGUGGUUUAAAAAGUAGUCUACAGAUAAGUAUUCUUUGAAGGCGGCUGGAAACUGUACGAGUGGCCCGCGGCUCUUCGCCACCGCCUCCUGCUGCUGCCGCCUGAUCUCGUCCACUUUCAAGGCGAAGAGCAGUUCAUCUCAAACAAGCCUUAAUGUUAUUAGUAACAUUUGAGCUUUUUCCUGCUGUGACAGGUCAAACUGUCUGCUGUGCAACAAAGGGAGACCUCAAUCAAGUCUGUAACUGCACACACAGGCAUAAGAAGAGGUCUAAUCAGGAAACAUAAGUGAACACCUGUGUGGGUGUAAGAUGGAGGUGCACGGGGGGUGGGGGUUUAAUGUAGGAGUUUUUAAGAUAUUUGUUUUUUUCAUUUUCAGAAAUGCUGUUCAAAUAUUAUGUAAUAUUUAUUUUUCCCUUUUCACUCUUAAAAGUAUUUAGCCCUUCAUUUACUGGGGACAUUUUGGAAAUGGCAGAAAGCUGCACUAGAUAUCUGUGUGUGUGUGUGUGUGAGCAGUUAGAACAAUGGGGCUUCUUGUCUUGUCUUCAUUUUAAGGUGUCUGUUUUGUUACAGCCGCCUGAUAAUCCGAAUGUGUCAAAACAACCAGCAGGGAGACUGAACAUUUCGUUAAUUUAUUUCAACACAGUCUUAACAUCACAAGCGUUAUUCAAAAUACAGAAUGAAUAACUUUGAAAUAAAUAACAGUUACUUCAAAAUUAACUCGCUACAAACUGGCCUUCUCUCCUGUUUCAUGAGCCCGCCCUGUCUUCGUCGUCCCCCAGAGUCAGAGUCCUGGUCGGAGCCGCUGGAAAUCACCUGGCCUCCGUCUGUUUUGUCAGUGCAGCUUAUUUUUUUUAACUCACUAAUUAUUUCCACCUAGUUUUAGCAACAAAAGCCAGGAAAAAGUCCUCAGUCUCUACUGAGCGAAGCAUUAAGAUGGUUUCAGCUCAUAAUUCAGUCCAAACUUCCAGAAAGUGUUCAAACUGUAGUCAGCCCAGAAAAGAAAGCAAAUAUCAUGGCGCAUUAUAAGGUAUGUUUUAUCUUUUUUUUUGUUAUUUUCUGCAGCUCUAACUGAGACUUUAUUAAUUCAGUAGCAAUUUUAGUGUCUUGGCAAGCAUUUCUACUGCUUGUAAUGUCAACUAGAGGUCUCCAGCACAUCAAGAACACCAGACACGCUUUUUUUUUUUACAUUCAACCUUUUUUUACUUGCUCUCCUUAUGCAGCUGAAUAUACAUUACAAUUUGGAUGUACAAGUGAUAUAAUUUCCAGAGUCUGGCAGUGCUCUGCAGACUUAUAAACUUCUUCAACUUGUACUCAAUCAGUUCUUUCAGUAUCACUGAGAAUACCAACCAAAGGAAGGCUGGCAGGUGAGCUGGCUAUCGUCCAAACCAAUAAGAGUAUUGGAGCCAAAAGAGCAAACAGUGUGCUGCUGUCUUGGUACUUAUGGGGCACAAUUUAUUAUUAUAGUAUCUCACUGAUUGCUUGGACUCCAUUUUGAAAGCAAAAAUCAGAAAAGUCAUAAUUAAACAUCCAGUGUGUCAUAAACUCACGUUUGUUUAUAUUUAUAUCAUAAAAGAACUGCAGCACCAGGGCGUUUUAUUGUGAAGUUGUAAAUUACAACAUAAGAGCCAAAAUAACACUUCCAUUCCAGCUGUUAUUUUUGUUGAGUUAUGGGCUUCAGUGUUGUCAAUGAGCAGCUGUUACUACUUCAAAGCUGCUUCCUAAUGAUUACCUGGCAGUUCUUACGUCAUUACCUUUGAGACUUGUCCAGAGAAAGUUGAAAAAGAUUUAGCGUUACAGCUACAGUGUGCAACUGUUUUACCUCUGGGCAGAAAAGUGAAUCGUAAGUUCCCACCCCAACACUUGUCAAUCACCUUGAUGAGCUGUCUGCCCUGUAACGGCACCUCGCCCGAGGCUAAGAUCACUGACAUCUCCCCAAAGCUGCCACAAGCGUCGGAGAAGCAGAUGCCAAAACCUAGAAAGGCAGAAAAAAAAAAAGCGAUGCUGAUGUUCAGUGUGUUUCUGAAUAGAUUUUGUCUGAUGCAAGACGAGCUUCACACUUUGUUUUUGCUAGCAGUUGGGGUUGUUGCUGUGACUCACCUUGACAGGGACAACCUCAGCGUCGACUAAACCCGCAGAAAAUGGAAUAUAAAUGUCCCAAACAUCAUUGAAAAGUCAGACAAACAAGAGGAUUUACAUCUGAAUACACAGGGUCACUGACACAGACACACGCUGCAUAUGGAUUGCUGCAGGUUAGCCGGUUUGCAUCAGAAGCAGGAACACAUUUAGUUUUUGAGGUGACUGAGUUUAAGAUUGAAUAGGCCCUUUUUCUACUCAUGGCAUGCUGUUGUCAAGUGCCUUUUCCUCUCUUCAGUCGAAUUAGGUAUUAAACACACACUUCCAACAAAGUCUGAUGGAAAUAGUUUAUGAACCAGAUAAUAAUCUCUCUCGCAGAUUAUUCUGUCAGCGUCUUGUCAAACAGCCAUUAAAAUGUGAGUUUUUUUAUGUUUUUAUUUUAAGUUUCUCCCUUAAUUGUAAGUUCUUUUAUUUUUACCAAAAUGAUAACAACAAAUUAUGACAGUCACGUCUUUGACAUUUAAGUUGGUUUACAAAAUAUAAAGAAGGAAAAGAAGAAAUAAAUAAAAGUAGUUAUAAAAGAACUGUACACACAAACCGGACUAGAUGGAUCCAGAGAAAUGGUGGUUAAAGUUGUGGAGACUUGUGAUAACGAGGGCUAGCUGGUGAUCAUUCCUACACCCCAUAAUAAAGGACCAUUUUGACAGUUUAAAGAGUGGUUGGAAGCUGGAUGAUCGCUCCAAUGUGGACCAACAAAAGGUUCCAUAAUUCACCCUCUCUUAAGCCCCGCCCCUUGUUGUUCUAUGCUCCAAUAAAAGUUAAUAUUAGCAAAAUUAUAGUUAGCUAACAUUUUGCUGACAUGAGCUAUCUAACAUAAGAUGUGACUAUUUAUAUAUCGCUUUACUCCGAUAACAGGUAAUGUUAGCUACAUUCUGGCUAACAAGUUGGCUGAUCUACCAAUCUACCUAUCAAUUCCUAUCAAUAUUCAUAGCAUAUCUAAGCACAGAAAGCUGAGCGAGGCUUGCUCAACUGUUAGUGGAGCACAGAGCAAAAAGCGGCGGGGCUUAGGAAGGGUAAGAUGUCAUUUUUGAAGGCGAUUUAAGAUCAUUUAAAAUUAACAGCAAUCCAUGUUCUCAGUGUCAGAUAGAUUUUCUGUUCUGAGAGAUGAAAUAAAAAUAAUGUUGUUGGUGUUUCAGAGCACUCGGUGGGUUUUUAUAGUGCUGAAGAUCAAUUACAUUGGACUUCUCUCUGCAUCUCAUCAGCUACCUUCCACUGAAAUGAAAACCUGUGACACCACUUUAGUUCUUUAGAGUUUUAGAAACUCCUGAAGUACUUUGGGUACAUCCAGUUUGAUAAUAUCAUUAUAGUGGUAAUUUUUCUCGGUGCUGGCAGUGGAUUUGUCGCCGGCGGCCAGCAAUGUGAUUUGUUAUUCCUUUGUUUUUUUUUGCUGUUGAUGAUGCUUGGGUUUCUAUAAGGGGGCAUUUUUCAGCUGGGUUUUUACCAGUGAAAAUGCUCAGCUGAGAGGAGAAAAUAAGUCUCGAUAAGAACUACUCUUUCAUGAGAGGUUUUUUUUUUAAGUUGGUUUACUUUUUUCUUUUCCAACACCUCGUGGAUCAUCGUGUGAAACAUGACUGCACCGGUGCAACAAGAAGCCUCAAAGCAGCUUCUCACAAAUCUGAUGGGACGACACUUUCUGUGCAAAAUCAUUCCUCUGUAUCCGAAAACCUACUGGCCCGUGAAAUGGAUCAGAAUAAUUGUAGUGUCCACAUGGUUGAAAGCUUUUAAGCACGUGUUAUACAUAACAGGGAAAAGUGGACUGGGUUUUUUGUGUGUGUUUGUGUAUUUAUUUGCAUCUCCAUCUUGUUAUUGAUCCUUCAGUUGACAUGUAGACUGAAUUUAGUUUAUUUCAGGUCAGAGAGACGAAGAUGUACAACACAUAUUAUGGGUUUAGCCUUCAGUUUAUUUUCCAGCUGUUAGAGCGUCAUAACACACCUGUAUUAUCUGUGUUAAUACACAACAUUUAUGCUUAUUCUGGUUUUGAUAUAGUUUAAGGUAACGGUUCAUGCUGUUUCUAUGUGUGUGAGCAUUUUUACCCCUCUGUGUUUCCCAAAAAAACGAAUGAUUUCUUUCUUUUUUCUUUACCUACUUCUGAUUUCUGUCUUCUGAGCUUCGUUCUGUAACAAAUGUGAAACAAUAAAAAGUAAAAAGAUUUCCCUAAAUGAUUUUUUUUAAUCAAGACUUGCAUUAUUUAUGUUCUUAAUAAUGAAAUAAAGGA